AUGGAAAAGCCUGGAGUUGCAACAGCUGCAAAGAUAAGUGAGAGCACAAGAUUUUAUCCCUACUUCAAGGACUGUAUUGGAACUAUCGAUGGUACACAUAUUUUUGCAAUGAUACCAACUUCUGAUGUUCCAAGCUAUCGUAAUCGCAAAGAAUUUAUAUCACAAAAUGUCUUUGAUGCUUGCAACUUUGAUUUGGAAUUCAUGUAUGUUCUUAGUGGAUGGGAAGGAUCAGCUCAUGAUUCAAAAAUUUUAAGUAAUGCUUUGACAAGGCACGGUAGCAGAUUAACCGUUCCAGAAGGUAUGUACCUAAGUUCGGAAGUGAUCCCUCCAAACAAUGAUCAAUCAAAUUUUGAAGAAGUUGUACAUGUUGGUGCUCUUGAAUCUCAGCAAAGAGAAUAUGCUAACAACUGGAGAGACACAAUAGCUUUAAGCAUGUGGAAUGACGCUGUAGAAGCGGGAAGUCAGCGUUAAUGGUGAGAUAUAUCAAUAAAAUAAUUUCAUAUACUUCUAGUUUUCUCAACGAUUUAUAACUCAUUUUCAUUUAUGAUGGUGUUAUUUUCUGGAUUUAUCAUUUUGAUGUGCUGUUGUGACUUUGGAAUCUCUUUCAUAGUUUUUCUAUGGAUAAAAGAAUUAUGGGUUUAUCAUUUUGAUGUGUUGUAGUGUGACUGUGCAUGAAAUCUAUUUAAUAGUUAUAUAUAUGCAUGUUUGAUAAAAGAGAUUAUAUGGAAUUGAUAAUGCUUCUCACGUAUAUCAUAUUUGCAUGUUUGAUAAAGAGAUUGAUUUUGUCAUCUCAACUUUGAGAAUACAUGGGUUAAGUCUAGUAUUUUGAAAGUCUUGAGUAGUGAGUUAAAAUGUAAUGAAUUAUUGUUCCAAUAACACCAUAGUUUAAUAGAAUCUAAAAAUCUAAAAAUACUUAACUUUUUGAAUAACAAAAGAUUUAUAUGGAAUUGUAAAAUCACCACACCAAUAACACCAAACUUUUUAGAACUUUAAGAAUCAUGUUACCAAUAACACUAGAAUCUUUAAAUUCUUCAACUCUUUAAAAAUCAAUCUCCCACUAACCCCCACUUAAAGUUUCUUUACCAUACGUUAUGAAAUUCAAAUUCCAAAAUUAAAUGGCAUCACUACAUGUUUACAUGGUGACACGUGGUUUUCAUAAAGGAACAUAGCUCACGUAAACAUUGCAUAAACGUCCGUUCAGUAGCCAUGCAGUUAGUCUGAGAGCAUAAAGCUCUUGAUUUUGUUUUUCUUUCUCUUUAGAAAAGAAUUUUCGAUGUUAAGAUGAAAACAAAUGCAAGCAAACUAAAUUUGGAGGGUUUUAGUACUGUAAGUUGCUCUUUCUCAAAAACAAAGUCACACAAAUUGUAAAAAAGUUUUUUAAUAUUCAUUCAAAAAAUAAAUUUAAUAUUCAUUCAAAAAAAUGCAAGCAAACUAGAUAGUUGCUAAAGUUAAAACAACAUUUUAAUACCACAGAAAGAAUUUAUACACAUAUCUACGCAAGUCCAAUAAAACAAAGAAAACACAAACAAUCGAUCCAUACAUCAACAAACCUUCACUUACAAAACCUGAUCACAAACCUCUAUAAAUCAGUAACUCGGCUAAUCAACUUCACAAUCUCAAAAGGAACUUCCCAAACAUAGAAUGUCUUCAGUCAAAAAAAAAAAACUUCUCAAACAUGAGACUCCUUCACAAAUAAAAACAACACAACACCAACGUCAAUAACCUCGCGCUUGGGCGGGGGUUCUCCCUCUAAAAGUGUCCACAUAAACAGGUGGUGGAGCCCAAUCAAUAUUUUUUUCUUUUUUUUUCCUCCAUCGGGUGGACUUUGUGGGGUUUUGAAUUCUUUUUUUUUCUAUGUCAAGGGGGCUUUGUUUUUAGGGCUUUGUUUUUAUUUGUUUUGUUUAUUGUCUUUUUGUGAUGCAAUAGGUUUAGGGUUUGCCUUUCUCUUCGAUAUUGUUCUUCGACAAUAGGGCAUUUCCGAUUUCGCCGCAUUCAUUUUCGUAAGUCAAUCUCUUUGACUCCUCCCUACAAGUUCUCUGACGAUAACACCACUCAUCUUAACGCCUUCUCCAAAAUCCUUUAUAUAGAGCUUCACCAAGGUUAUCUCUCAUUUCCCUCUUAUUUUUUCUCCCCUUUUUUGCUUUGUUUAACUCUGUAACCACCGAUCCGAAAAAAUGACUUCAUCAGGUGCUCCAGUCGCUAACGCCGUCGUCGCCCACUCUCUUACCCUCAAUAAAACUACUCAGUUCGUUGUUAGUCAUCUCAUCCGCUUUUAGGAUUUCCAGAACGUCAAAUUUGUGUGCAUUUUAUUGAAUUAACCAAACAUUCUUAUAUCAAUCGAAUGAAGUUGUGUUACAUCCAAUGUUCCAUUCAUCACCAUUAUAGUUAAGCCGACAAAACAAAUGUUUAAAAACAGAACAACAUCCCAAACACCAAACUACACAACACAUUAACAACGUCUCUAGCCGACAAUAUUUCGUAGACUACUUAACACAACAACAACGUACCCGGCUCCGCGCUUGCGCGGGGGCUAUGCCCCUAGUUAUAAAAAACCAAUUUCAAAAGAGCGUUAUAGCUAUUAAAGAAAAUCUUCGUCAUCGGCACAUUCCAGUUGAUCCUAUUUGUCCAAGAUGCUGUGACGAUAAUGAAUCGAGUGAUCAUGCUUUCUUCACUUGCCUUUUCUCACAACAAGUCUGGCGUCUUUCAAGUUCACCUGAUUCUUUAACUACUGCCAAUGACUCUUUUUUGAAUAAGUUGGAAACUAUUUUCUCCUUUGCAUCAAAUAAUAAUCUCCCAAAUGAGCAAAAAUUAUUACCAGGGUGGUUUGGAGAUUAUGGAAAUGUAGGAAUGACUUACUUUUCAACAAAAUUAAAUAUACGGCGGAUGAAGUUAUCUCCAAAGCCCGAGCAGAUUUAAAGGAAUGGUUGGAUUCUACAGUUUCAUCGCA